AUGGCUGAAGCCGUCCAUUACAUCCACCUCCAGAACUUCAGCAAGUCCCUCCUGGAGACGCUGAAUGGGCAGCGCCUGGGAGGGCAUUUCUGUGACGUGACAGUGCACAUCCAGGAGGCCACGCUGCGUGCUCACCGCUGUGUCUUGGCUGCCGGCAGCCCCUUCUUCCACGACAAGCUGCUGUUGGGCUACUCGGAGAUCGAGGUCCCGCCCGUGGUCCCCAGCCAGGUGGUCCGCCAGCUGGUGGAGUUCAUGUACAGCGGCUCCUUGGUGGUGGCCCAGUCAGAAGCGCUGCAGAUCCUCACGGCCGCCUCCAUCCUGCAGAUCAAGACGGUCAUUGACGAAUGCACCCAGAUCAUCUCUCAAAGCCGCAGCCCCAAGCCUCCCACUGCCCCGCCUCCGGUGCCCCUCUCCCUUCCCAGGGUCCUCCCGGCAAAGCCCCAAGAACAGCCGCCCAAAGAGGCCCUUGGCAGCGUCUCGCGGCCCGGGGACCUCGACGCUUCCCACCUGGAGCCCCCCAAACUGCUCUGCGCUUCGGAGGUGCGCUACAAGCUGCGUGACCUCCUCUCCUCCUCCCAGCACAGGGAGGCGAGGGCGGCCGCCUGCGAGGGGGGCAUAAGCGAUGGGGAGGCGGGGGCCCCGUACCUCCACCCCGCCGAGGCCACGCCCAGCUGCCACAGCCGCAAGCAGCGCCAGCCGGUGAGGCUUCAGCUGUCCGAGACAAUGCCUGUCAUCAUCAAGGACGAGGAGGAGGGGGUUGGUGGGGAAGGCCGGGAGGGGGUGGUGGUGGAAGAAGGGGAGGCCAAGCUUAGCUGCUUCCCUGAGUGUGGCGGGAGCGGAAGUUUCCCUGCCGGCUUCAGCGACGAGGCGGAAGCAAAGGAUUCUGGGAGUGCUGGCGGGGCUGGCAGGAAGGAGAGCCUCCACUUGGAUUACGCCACUGCCGAGGGCCAGGAUUUCUUUGGGAACCAGGAUGUCUUUUCGGAGUCCUUCAUCCCAUCCUGGCAGGGGGAGGAAAGCGGCGAAGAGGCAGCAGCUUCUGCCGCGCGGGACAGGGAGAAGUUCCACUCGGACUGCAGCUUGCAGGCUUCCAACCUGAGGAGCUUGGCGGGAGAGUUCAAACAGGACUUGGGCGGGCCCUCGGGUGCCGCCGCAGCCUUUCCACCCCGCAGCAAUAGCGGCAGUGGGGGCUUGACUUUUGUCUCCUCUCUGGGCAUCCAACGGGAGCUCAAGGCGGAGGUCAGCAGCGCCAGCACGGCCACCAGCACCACCAGCAUCUUCCAGUUCCACAUGCCCCAGCCGGCUGCGGUGGCCCAGGGCUUUUAUAGCAUCCAGGCGCAGCCGCCGCAGCAGCAGCAAGACGCCGGUGCCAGCAACAUGGUGCAGCUCAGCCCUGGUGCCAUGGUCACAGGCCCCCUGCAUGGCGCUGGAGAGCAGCAGAGCCAACAGCCCGGACCCUCGCGCUGCUCAGAGCCCUCCUACCAGUGUAGCCACUGCCAGAAAACCUUCAGUUCCCGCAAAAACUACACCAAGCACAUGUUCAUCCAUUCUGGUAAUGGGCACCAUGAGGCGGAGCUUCCUGGGAGGGUGUUGCUGGGGGUACGGUGGGGGUGAGGAACCCUUUUUCAUCUAGAGGGGAGUAUUCCCUUCCAGGAGAAACCUUCCAGGGGUUGGUUGGGCCAGAGGCCACUGUGGGCGGAGCCAUGAAUGCAAAUUGCACUUUGUACAGUAGGCUAGCUUGUACAGACACCUGGACCUCCACCCAGGGCAAGCCAGAGGCAAUAGGGUUCAAGGACACAUGCCAACCCCGAGGUUGCAGAAAUACAAUAUUCAGGGAAACAGCCUUAAAGAAGGAGGCAGCCCCUUCCUGCCCAAAAGCUCAGGAGAGUAGGUUCAGUGACUACAGAACGCUACCUUUGGGAGUCUGGGAUAAGUAGAAAAUGGGAGGGUGUCACUGGAAUCCUGAACAGCAGCCACCCAUGCUGCAACAUUUUGUUGCAGUCCUGGCUUACAGGAACUAUGUACCCAAGAGAGAUAAAUACAGACCUACACUUAGAUGCCAGAUAUAAAUUCACAUCGAGGCUAGCAUACAAUGCUUGGGCCAUUUGAUUCAUAGAUGAUGAUGAUGAUGAUAAAUUUUUUGUAUCCUGCCCAUCUGACUGGAUUGUCCCAGCCACUCUGGGAGGAUUCCAGCAUAAUACGUAAGAUACACAACAGAACAUCACAUAUUAAAAACUUCCAGAUACAGGCAGGGCCGGAUUUAGGUUUGAUGAGGCCCUAAACUACUGAAGGUAAUGGGGCCCUUUAUAUGUCCAGCUGUCCUUUGUCAACAACAAAUUGUCACUGUUUUUUGUGUUGAAUAUAUGCUAUACGGCGAUUUAUGGACCUAAUAGUUAUCUAAAGCCAUUUGCCACUGUUGCUGUAUGUAGGUAUUAUUAUUAUUUUUAUCUUAUAUUUUGGAAAUGUACACCCAGGGGUUUUUUCCUUUAAAUUUUUUGGGGCCCCCUGAGAGUGGGGCCCUAAGCUAUAGCUUAUAUGUAAAUCCGGCACUGGGCUGCCUUCAGAUAUCUUCUAAGUCAGAUAGUUGUUCAUUUCCUUGACAUUUGACAGGAGGGCAUUCCACAGGGCGGGUGCCACUGCCGAGAAGGCCAUCUGCCUGGUUCCCUGUAACUUCACUUCUUGCAAUGAGGGAACUGCCAAAGGCCCUCGAAGCUGGACCUCAGGGUCCUGGCUGAACGAUGGGGGUGGAGACGCUCCUUCAGGUAUACCAGGACCAAAGCCGUUUAGGGCAUCAUCCCCUAAGGAGGGAUGUCCCCCUCGGUCCAGCGCCACGGGGCAGUUUCUGGGUUCUAGCGUUGGGGGUUCGGUGUCCUCUCGGCUGACCCGCUGUGCUUUUCCCUCCCCGCGACAGGUGAGAAGCCCCACCAGUGCAGCAUCUGCUGGCGCUCCUUCUCCCUGCGGGACUACCUGCUGAAGCACAUGGUGACGCACACGGGGGUUCGGGCCUUCCAGUGCUCCAUCUGCUGCAAGCGCUUCACCCAGAAGAGCUCGCUCAACGUCCACAUGCGCACACACCGCCCAGAGCGCUUCCAGUGCUGCAUCUGCAACAAGUACUUCUCCCACCGCACGCUGCUGGAGCGCCACAUGACCACCCACACUGCCUGGAAGGGCGGGCAGACCGAUGCCCCCGGAGUCAUUGGGGUGGCCGCGGCCGCCGCCGACUGGAAAGAGAAGCCGAGCAUCGCCACCGCCGCCUCCUCUGCCGCCGAGGGGACUAUUGCCGUCACCGCCGCGGCGUGGAAAGCGGGGGAACCGUCUGCUGAGACGGCCAUUGCCGUGUGGAAAGCGGGGGAUCCGGUCCCUGGGGAGGGCAGUAUGGGGGCCUGGAAAGGGGAAGCGGCUGGUGAAGGACCGGCUGCAGCCUGGAAAGGGGACCCGACUUCAGAGGCAGCCAUGCAGCCUCACACAGCCUAA